AUGGAUGCAGCUAUGAUAUUAGAAGCAAAUAUGGUAUCAAUAGAUGAGGCUUUACGAUCACUGGGGGAAGAUAUGGUAAUAAGCGACUUGAAAACUAAAGUUGAGAUAGUAGCAAGAGAUACAAAUAUGAUACUAAUGGAUGAAAGAGUAUCUAUAGACGAAUCUAUAUUAGUAGAUGAGCCUACAUUUACGUCACCAAAAAAUAAAACUAUGGAAUUAAACGAUCAAAUUAUGAUACCAAAACACGAUAUUAUCAGACGAAUGUAUGAAAUCAGUGGAUAA